AUGAAGAACGAACAGGCAAUAAAAAAGGCCAGUACUGAUUUUAAGAAGAAAACUUGGCACGCCAAUUUUAUAGGACCUCCAGGAUCUGGGACACCAAAUAGCUAUCAUUUAAACUACCGGCGUGCGCUACCAAAAGGAAGAAUGAAAGAGAAGAGGAGGGGAGAAGAGAGGAGACCAUUGGAACAACAGAGGAAGUUCAGAAGAGACCCCAAGAAGUACUAUCACCAGAAAUAA